CUUUGUACAGAGUCCAAAGCGAAACGACUAUAGAAGCAAUAAUUAAAAAACUGCAAGAUACUAUAGUCGGAGAAACAUCUGACGUGGUUAAAGCCAAAAUGGCAAAAACCGGCCAGAAAGGAAAAACGGCAGAAAAGUUUACAACAGAGAUAGACAACCUACGGAAGCUUCUAGAAGCUUCGUAUAUUGACGAAGGUCUAUCGGCCGAGCAUGCUGACAAAUUCAGCACCAAAGAAGCCAUCUCCACAAUGGUUAAAAAUUGUGAGCAUGGCCGACUUAAAACAAUAUUGGAAGCAAGUAAUUUCACAACAAUGAAUGAAGCCGUCACGAAGUACAUACAAUGCAGUACUGAAAUGACAGGCAAUGCAAAUUCCAUAUUAUACGCCUAUCGAGGAAACUAUCGCGGUAACAAUUACAAAAACAAUUAUCGCGGUAGAGGUAAUAAUCGAGGUAGAUAUAACAAUAACGGGUAUAUCCAAAAUAAUGGUUACUACGGAAACAAUAACUAUAAUAACAAUAACUACAUGAACAACAACAACCGUGGUGGAAACAAUCGCGGCGGACACGGCCGUGGUGGAAACCAUAAUAAUAAUGGCAAUAAUAGCCACAACCAUAGCAAUAACAACCAUAACAAUAACGUCAGGGUAGUCCAUACAGAUUCGGGAAACUCCCAGACGCCUUUAGGUACACAACAGUAAGAAACACCAAAGUUCACACUAUAAAUCUCAGUCAAAGUACAUUUGUUAGUUUCACAAACGUAGCAACAGGAAAAGAAUUAGUUUUUCUACUAGAUACAGGUGCAGAAAUUUCCAUAUUAAAGGAAAAUUCUGAUGCUUUU